AUGCGUCAUAUUUUGCGAUUCGUCGACUUGGACGAUACAUUUGUCAAUCAUGGUUUCAAAAUAAAGACGGGGGCAUCAUUCAAGCUCAAUGACAAGCCUGAGGGAUGCAAGUGUGGUGCGGAGAUCUUUGACGGUGUCAAAGUCGACUCAAUCGAAUUUGUACCAUCGGACAACCAGAAUGGGACCGUGGACUCCGGUAUUCUACACCCGGGACGCCCAGUCUCUGCCUCCUGGUCGCGCAAAGAUGGCAGUUCUGGCCAGAUCAAAUUCGAUUACCUUGUCGAUGCGAGUGGGCGAGCGGGCUUGGGUUACUGGAAAGGGGCAGGAGAGUAUGCCCCAGACACCCCGAGACAAGGACAGCCUUUUUUUGAGGCACCCUCUGGUAAUUCCAUCAUUCAUACCGUUCUACCCAACUCUUAG